AUGUUGGGCAUCACCACCCUCGCUGUGCUCCUGGCCUGUGCCUCCUGCGAGGACUCUGACGGGGUCCCCAGCUACUCGCCCAACCUAUCAGCCCGGGUGGUGGGAGGAGAGACCGCCACGCCCCACAGCUGGCCCUGGCAGGUCUCCCUCCAGUACCGCUAUACUGGCGGGUGGUGGCACACCUGCGGUGGCACCUUGAUCAGCAGCAGACACGUCCUCACAGCUGCCCACUGCAUCGACAAAACCCUGACCUACCGCGUGGGCCUGGGGAAGCACAAUGUGUCGUUGGAGGAUGAGGAAGGCUCCCUGUUUGUGGGUAUGCACAGCAUCUCUGUCCACAGGCAAUUCAGCUCCUCCGGGUUGUGGAACAACACUGCUCUGCUCAAACUGGCCAACUCCGUCUCCUUAACUGACAAGAUCCGGCUGGGCUGCCUCCCGCCAGCCAGCAGCAUUCUACCCAACAACUACGUCUGCUAUGUCACGGGCUGGGGAAGGCUGCAGACCAACGGGGGUCUUCCUGACAUCCUGCAGCAGGGAGCUGCUGUUGUGGGCUAUGCCACAUGCUCCAGCUCUGGCUGGUGGGGCAGCACCGUGAAGACCAAUAUGAUCUGUGCUGGGGGCGAUGGCAUAAUCUCCAGCUACAAUGGGGACUCCAGCGGGCCACUGAACUGCCAGGAGGCUGACGGCCAGUGGCAAGUGCACGGCAUAGUCAGCUUCGGGUCCUCCCUCGGCUGCAACUACUACCACAAGCCCUCUGUCUUCACACGCGUCUACUACAUUGACUGGAUCAAUCAGGCAGCACCCCCCUAG